CAUAAACAUAUAUAUGGAUAUGUAGGUGAAAGUGUGUUCCUUUUCUUCCACUGAACGCGGCGACUUUUCUUUCUCUUCACACUAUACACACACGCUUUCUCUCUUUUUUUUUCUCACUACCAAACUCAAUAACCCAAUCAAAUCAAAUAAAGUCUAUCCAACAUUCUUCUCAAUUCAAACCCAUUCCGCAUUCCGAUUAACUCUCAAACAAGAUUAUGCUCCGCUCCUGUUAUCGCCCUAUAGAGCGCUGCUUCGGCCGUUGGUGUACCGGCGGUGGUACCGAUGGCCUUCUUUGGCAUACAGACUUGAAGUCCCACGCCGCCGGUGAUUACUCGAUCGCCGUCGUUCAAGCCAAUUCUAGCCUCGAGGAUCAGAGUCAGGUCUUCACUUCUCCCUCUGGUAUCUAUGUGGGUGUCUAUGACGGCCAUGGUGGACCUGAAGCUUCUAGAUUCGUCAACAAACAUUUAUUUCCUUAUUUACAGAAGUUUUCUAUGGAACAAGGAGGAUUGUCUACAGAUGUCAUAAAGAAGGCAUUUAGUGCCACUGAAGAGGAGUUCUUGCGUUUGGUGAAGCGAUCAUUUCCGGCAAGACCUCAAAUUGCCUCGGUUGGGUCAUGCUGUCUUGUUGGUGCCAUUUCAAAUGAUGUUCUGUACGUGGCCAAUCUUGGGGAUUCCAGAGCAGUCCUCGGCCGGAAAGAUUCGAACACGAAGAAAACUCAGGUAGUGGCGGAGCGGUUGUCUACUGAUCAUAAUGUAGGGGUUGAGGAAGUGAGGAAGGAGGUUGAAGCACUUCAUCCUGAUGAUUCUCAUAUUGUGGUAUAUACCCGUGGAGUUUGGAGAAUAAAGGGUAUUAUUCAGGUGUCAAGGUCUAUUGGUGAUGUGUACCUAAAGAAGCCUGACUUUUAUAGAGACCCGAUUUUCCAGCAAUUAGGAAACCCUAUUCCUUUGAAGCGACCUGUAAUGACAGCCGAACCUUCUGUACUUGUAAGACAGCUUAGACCGCUAGAUUUAUUCCUGAUAUUUGCAUCAGAUGGCCUCUGGGAACAGUUAAGCGAUCAGACAGCUGUAGAGAUUGUUUUCAAGAACCCCAGAGCUGGAAUUGCAAAAAGAUUGGUAAGAGCUGCCCUUCAAGAGGCUGCUAAGAAAAGGGAGAUGAGAUAUGAUGACAUAAAGAAAAUUGACAAAGGUAUAAGGCGUCAUUUCCACGAUGACAUUACCGUGGUUGUAGUAUAUCUUGAUCACCAUGAUGGCUCCUCAGAGCUCAGGUUUAAGCAGCAUACUGCUGGCUCCACAACUUCACCGGUUGACAUCUAUUCGUUGAGUGCUGAUGGAUUGGAAGAAGAUAUGUAGGACACGAAUCUGGAACGAAGAAAUCCUUUGCAAGAAGGGAAUCUGACAUUUUUGGGGACGGUUUAUAUCAUUAAAUUUUAAAAAUUCACAAGUAUGGUCUUCUUAUUUGUAGGAGGGUUUAUAUGAGUGGGGAAGAAAAUUACAGAAGCACACACAAUCUUGUAGAUAAAUGAGUCACUAAUACAUGCUGACUGGUCUAAGUUGAUGGAUGCAUUUUCUCAAUUAGUAUUUAAGGUUUUUGCCCGAGCGAAUUCCAGAAUAUCAAAUUCCAUUUUUUUGUAAGUUUUAUCAUAAACUUAUUAUACAUGGUUAUUUGCAACUUAUGUUAAUAA